AUGCUCCCAGAUCCUGCGGGAGACAAACUCAAACCUAAACCAGUUCCUGUGUCAACUCCAGCUCCAAUUCCUGCUCCUACUCCUGCUUCUGCUCCUAACCAAAGGAAAGCCAAUCCAAAGCCAAAGCCGAUUACAAAAGUCAAUAACGACAAGAAGGGGACCAAUAUUGUGGGUUCAACAGCAUCUGCUACUAAUGUAGGGAAUAUUGUGAACUCUGUCAUAGAUACAACACAUGCUACGAUUCUUUCAGAGAUCACGGUGGAUGAUGUUAAGUUGCAUGGGAAAAACCUGGGACCUAUUGUAGCUGGAGAAAUUAGGAAGCGCUUGGGUCCUGAAUUGGAAAGCCUCAUGAUGGUUUUAAAAAAUGCAGCGUACACACAAGGAUUUACUUCAGGGAUUGGAAGUCGAUCUCCAUCUAGAUGA